UGGGAAGGAUGAGCUAAAUGACAGGGCUAGUGUGCGAGGAAUGAAGGAGAGGUGGAUGGGUGUCUUUUGUUUCUUGGCGGAAGCUCGCAUAUUCAGCGAUCCCUGUUGUACAAAUGUGGCACCUUUCUUAAACAGAGAGAAUGCCUCGUUACCUGCGCCCAGCACUUCCCCGUUUGCAGUGGCUUUCUCACCAGCUUUCUUGUUUGGAUCUCCCAAUCCCGAGGCAUAGCGAAUCGGGGAGUUAGGAAUAAGGAGGGUUGAUUACAAAGCUGGCCGCACACCUCUUCCUGUCCUAUCUCUGCACCGGAGAUCCGAGCCUCCCUGCUGAGCUGGUGUAAGAUAAGAUGGUUACAGGAGGUUCCAGUGGCAUCGGGAAGUGCAUUGCCAUUGAGUGCUAUAAACAAGGAGCCUUUAUAACUCUGGUUGCACGAAAUGAGGAUAAGCUGCUGCAGGCAAAGAAAGAGAUUGAAAUGCACUCUAUUAAUGAUAAACAGGUGGUGCUUUGCAUAUCGGUUGACGUAUCUCAAGACUAUAACCAAGUAGAGAAUGUCAUAAAACAAGCACAGGAGAAACUGGGUCCAGUGGACAUGCUUGUAAAUUGUGCAGGAAUGGCAAUGUCAGGAAAAUUUGAAGAUCUUGAAGUUAGUACCUUUGAAAGGUUAAUGAGCAUCAAUUACCUGGGCAGCGUGUACCCCAGCCGGGCCGUGAUCACCACCAUGAAGGAGCGCCGGGUGGGCAGGAUCGUGUUUGUGUCCUCCCAGGCAGGACAGUUGGGAUUAUUCGGUUUCACAGCCUACUCUGCAUCCAAGUUUGCCAUAAGGGGAUUGGCAGAAGCUUUGCAGAUGGAGGUGAAGCCAUAUAAUGUCUACAUCACAGUUGCUUACCCACCAGACACAGAUACACCUGGCUUUGCUGAAGAAAACAGAACAAAGCCUUUGGAGACUCGACUUAUUUCAGAGACCACAUCUGUGUGCAAACCCGAACAGGUGGCCAAACAAAUCGUUAAAGAUGCCAUACAAGGAAAUUUCAACAGUUCCCUUGGCUCAGAUGGGUACAUGCUCUCGGCCCUGACCUGUGGGAUGGCUCCAGUAACUUCUAUUACUGAGGGGCUCCAGCAGGUGGUCACCAUGGGCCUGUUCCGCACUAUUGCUUUGUUUUACCUUGGAAGUUUUGACAGCAUAGUUCGUCGCUGCAUGAUGCAGAGAGAAAAAUCUGAAAUUGCAGACAAAACUGCCUAAUUCUUCUCACCCUUUGGAAGAAGACUGUUUCCAAAUAAUUUGAACAGCUUGCUGCUAAAUGGGACCCAAUUUUUGGCCUAUAGACACUUAUAUAUUGUUUUCAAAUGUGUCAGAUUGGACCAGUGCUCUUCAGAAAUGUGGCUGCAAGCAAGGGGCUAGAAGUUCACCUCCU